GACAGGAAGUUAAACAAUCAGCUGAUGCUGCUUCUUGUUGUCGUGAAAGCCAGAAGUUGCCGUUGUUCUCUCGCCCUGCUACUGUUUCUCGGCCGCCGACACCGACAGGACAUUGGGCUCGUAAAAAAAGGAACACGGCGGACUUAAGAAGGCCGACAAACAAAUGUGUAACAAGGGGACGUGUUUCCUACCGAAGAAUUUGAUUCGGCGGCAGAGGAGCUAGCUCUCAACGCUGGUAUAUUAGCGUGAAGGAAGGAAGAAAAAUACCUUCUUAACCUGCUUUGUCUUUUUAUAACCUGAUUAGUGUAUUUGAAAUUUGUUUAAUUUCCAGAUAUUUUUUUUCUAUUUGUACUUAAUCUCCAACGCAAUCAGAGCGGCUACCUCGUCGGCAAAUGUUAGCCAGUACAGUAGCUCUGUUGUUGCUGCUUUCGUAACUUGCACAUAGUGACAGAAUAUUCCAGUAUAUUUAUUGACUAGAUUGUUUAUUUUCCUCUGUAAUCGCAGUGCAAACUUGUCCUUGUGAACGAGUCUAUCUUGCUGUGUGAGCCCUCCAGAUUACACAAUUAGGCACCAGUUUGACUGACAGCUGAUACUGUACUUGGUAGGUUGUGUAAUUUGUUUUUGCAAAACUUUCCAGCAGCUAAACUAUUGUUAAAAUUGGAAGUUGUAAGGACCAUAUAAUUCCAACAAUUUUUAAAUGCUAUAUAGCCACAUGUCAUAGAUUAAGGUGGGCACCUGUUACUGGAAAAGUGCCACUCUGAUGCCCACACAUGACUAUGGUGGCUGUUUGGCUGAGGUAUGAAUUAAAGUAGUCUAGGUAAAGUUGUGUGCACACUGAUCAGGGAGGGAGGGAGAGAGAGAGAAUCCUUCAGUGGGUUCCAUUGUGUCUUAAGGUGAGCCACCCUCUACUACUUGCCAAUGCUGGAUCUGGAGGUGGUACCUGAGCGAUCACUCGGAAAUGAGCAAUGGGAAUUUGCCUUAGGCAUGCCAUUGGCCCAAGCCAUCUCUAUUCUCCAGAAACACUGCCGCAUCAUCAAAAAUGUCCAGGUGCUUUAUAGUGAACAGACACCAUUCAGCCAUGAUCUCAUACUGAACCUGACUCAGGAUGGCAUUAAACUGCUUUUUGAUGCAACAAAUCAGAGACUUAAGGUGAUUGAAGUGUACGACUUGAGCAAAGUCAAGUUGAAGUACUGUGGAGUACAUUUCAACUCUCAAGCCAUUGCCCCCACUAUAGAACAAAUAGACCAGUCAUUUGGAGCUACACACCCUGGAGUUUACAACGCAGCAGAACAGUUGUUCCAUCUCAACUUUCGAGGACUGUCCUUCUCCUUCCAACUAGACUCAUGGAACGAGGCUCCAAAAUACGAGAUUCCACACGGGGCCAUGGUCAAGAGGAUGCACAUCUAUACGGGCAACAAUCUACAAGAAACAAAAGCACCAGCAAUGCCAUUGGCCUGUUUCCUUGGUAACAUCUAUGCAGAGUGUGUGGAUGUUCUAAGAGAAGGUGCCGGGCCUGUGGGCCUCAAACUACGCCUUCUAACCGCCGGUUCUGGUCCUGGUGUGAUGGGCGAUGCUAAAGUCAGGUCCUUGGAGAGAAACAUCUACUUUGGAGACUCCUGCCAGGAUGUACUCGGUGCUCUGGGAUCUCCGCAUAAAGUCUUCUACAAAUCUGAGGACAAGAUGAAGAUCCACUCUCCAUCACCUCACAAGCAGGUUCCUUCCAAAUGUAACGACUACUUUUUUAACUACUUCACCCUGGGAGUGGAUAUCCUGUUUGACUCGACAUCUCACCUGGUUAAGAAGUUUGUCCUCCAUACUAACUACCCAGGACAUUAUAACUUCAAUAUUUAUCAUCGAUGUGAUUUUAAAAUUCCACUUGUCAUUAAAAAAGGGGCGGACUCACAGACUGACAACUGCAUAUUAACUACUUACAGCAAGUGGGAUCAGAUCCAGGAAUUGCUAGGCCACCCUAUGGAAAAGCCUGUUGUGCUUCAUAGGUCCUCGUCUGCCAAUAACACUAAUCCCUUUGGCUCUACUUUCUGCUUUGGACUGCAACGGAUGAUCUUUGAGGUGAUGCAGAAUAGCCACAUAGCAUCAGUGACCCUCUACGGGGCUCCACGGACCAGCAGUCGAGCCCUACCCGAGUCCAGUAGCAGUGCCCACUGAGUAACACGUAACCUGACACUGUAUUUCAUUCAUGUCUUGAUCGUGUGCAGAGUUGAACCCCAGCAGACUGAACCCACAACAACAUCCAAAAAAAUAUUGCAUUGAAUUCAGACGCAACAAUAGCCUUUGUUUGCCGGCCUGCUCGGAGGAAUGAAUUACUCCUUAAAUCACAAGAAGACUUGUCCUCAACACAUGAUCUUUGUUGGACGAUGAAGACUGAGAAAUGAGGUCACAAACCGACGGUGUCCCGGUACAACUCAAAAAAAGGGAGGGACGUAUGUGCUUUUCCACUCGUGAAGUGCAGCUCGGAGUUUGUGUGAAGCUUUUCAGAUACGAACGUGUUGAGAAGCAAACAUCUGCCACUGUGGACUUGUGAGAGCCACCACUGAAAAAAACAAAGUGGCUUGAUCCUGUGAAUCAUCAAUGACCAACACCACUGCCAGCAGGCCGCUUCUGCUUGUCUUCCUGCCACAACAACAAAACAAAAAACGUGAGACGCAAACCAGCCACGCCCAGGAAGUAUCAUUCAUGCUGCAGGAGAAGAAGAAGAUCCAAAUGUUGUUGACCGAGAGAAGAACCAUUGUCCAGCUGUGAAGCCUCUUAAAGCAGAACUGUCCAAACCAGUAAACAAAAUCUGCAUGAGCUAACCUGCUAAAUGCUCUCCUAUGAUUUCAACAGACGUUUGUUCCGCGCUAAAGUCAGCUGGGCUUUUUCUUGUAGCCCCCAAAUGCAGACAAAAACUGAAUGAAGCUGACUUGAAAGGAAGCCAAACAGAAGCACAAAUUGACAACGUCCUUUUUGUUUUCAUCCCGCGUGUCAGAAGAGUUGAAGACUCUGCAUUUUCUCUCUCGUCAGUAUUACUUUGCACACUAACCUUUACUUUUUCAAUACUUGGCCAAAACCUGAAGACAUUUAAUAUUAGUUUUUUUUUUUUUUUAAUCCUCAAGACACAACUUUCUGGAAUUGUGUCCUUGGUGUAGCUGCGUGCGUUAGAUAUAACAAACAUGACACACUAUUGUGUCGCUUUUCA